GACCCGUUACGUGCAGCUGAGAGGCCAGACGGAGCUUCGGACUAACAUCUCAUCCAGAAAACGGUGCCUCCCCAGUGCAAGCCAGCCUCAGUACUCCUCGUACUGCAGAGAAACGUCUAUGCUUCGAUCAAUUCCACAUCCCUGCUUCGCAACUUGCUGGAAUAAAUUCAAUGAAGAUGAGGCACAUGGGCUUGCAUCUUCUGAAGGUUUUAUUCAUUCUCGUGUCUCAUGUGGUUUGGGCGAAAGGCAUCUUGAAGAGCAAAUCCACCCUGAACAUAGCCGUGAUCCUCGGUGGCACGUCCUGCGAGAUGGACGUCAAAGACGUUGUGAACAAAGAUGACUUCCAACAUUUGUCCAUCGACCCCAACGUGGUACAGGUGUCGGUCAACGAGACCGACCCCAAGAGCAUCAUAACGCGCGUGUGCGACCUCAUGUCCGGGAUGAAGAUGCACGGCGUGGUGUUUGGCGAUGACACCGAUCACGAAUCCAUUGCAGAAAUUUUGGAUUUUAUUUCCGCUCAGACUAUGAUCCCAAUCCUUGGAAUACACGGCGGCUCCUCGAUGAUAAUGGCAGACAAGGACGACUCAUCGAUGUUCUUCCAAUUUGGCCCGUCCAUUGAGCAACAAGCCUCAGUAAUGCUGAACGUUAUGGAGGAGUACGACUGGUAUAUUUUUUCCAUUGUAACAAGUUACUUCCCGGGGUACCAGGAAUUUGUCAAUAAGAUUCGAAGCACCAUUGAGAACAGCUUUGUCGGUUGGGAGAUGGAGGAGGUCAUGUCUCUGGAUGUUUCGAUGGACGACGGCGAGGUUAAGAUCCAGAACCAGCUGAAGAAGCUUCAGAGCCCAGUCAUCCUCCUGUUUUGCACUAAGGACGAGGCCACUUACAUUUUCCAAGUGGCUGAGUCCGUCGGCCUGACGGGCUAUGGUUACAUAUGGAUCGUGCCGAGCACUGUGACCGGGAAUACCGACAUCAUCCUGCCAGAGUUCCCCACGGGAUUAAUUUCUGUCUCCCACGACGAGUGGGACUAUGGGCUCCCGGCCCGGGUCAGGGACGGAGUCGCUAUCAUCACCACGGCGGCUUCGAGCAUGUUGGAUGAACGGCGGGAGAUUAUGGAACCUAAAACCAGCUGCUACAGUGUGCAGGAAAGAAGGGCCCAUCAAUCAAACACUUUGCACAGAUACCUUAUGAAUGUAAGCUUUGAGGGAAGAAACCUCUCCUUCAGUGAAGACGGGUACCAGAUGCACCCCAAAUUAGUAAUCAUCCUACUGAACAAAGAACGGCUAUGGGAAAAGGUUGGGACGUGGGAGGCAAAAAGGCUGGCCAUGAAGUACCACAUCUGGCCCCGGUACUACUUGUUCUCGGAGUCGGAAGAGGAAGACGACCACUUGAGCAUCGUCACGUUGGAGGAGGCGCCCUUCGUCAUUGUGGAGAACGUGGACUCUCUGAGCGGGACGUGUAUGAGGAACACGGUACCCUGCAGGAAGCACGUCAAACCCAUCAAUGAGAGCGAAGGAGGGAUCUACAUCAAGCGAUGCUGUAAAGGAUUUUGCAUUGACAUUUUGAAGAAAAUUGCCAAGUAUGUCAAGUUCACAUAUGAUUUGUAUCUGGUGACAAAUGGAAAGCACGGGAAGAAAAUUAACGGGACGUGGAACGGACUGGUCGGAGAGGUUGUCCGGAAGCACGCGCACAUGGCGGUGGGUUCCCUCACUAUCAACGAAGAACGCUCAGAGGUGAUCGACUUCUCGGUGCCUUUCAUUGAGACUGGGAUCAGUGUCAUGGUGUCACGGAGCAACGGGACGGUGUCACCCUCCGCAUUUCUGGAGCCCUUCAGCGCUGACGUCUGGGUGAUGAUGUUCGUGAUGCUUCUGAUUGUCUCGGCGGUCGCUGUCUUUGUCUUUGAAUACUUCAGCCCCGUGGGAUACAACCGGUGUCUGGCCGAUGGAAGGGAGCCUGGAGGUCCAUCAUUCACCAUCGGCAAAGCCAUCUGGCUGCUCUGGGGCCUCGUCUUCAACAACUCUGUGCCAGUCCAGAACCCCAAGGGCACCACGAGUAAGAUCAUGGUGUCGGUCUGGGCCUUUUUCGCUGUGAUCUUCUUGGCCAGCUACACGGCCAACCUGGCUGCCUUUAUGAUCCAAGAGGAGUACGUGGACCAAGUAUCAGGCCUCAGCGAUAAGAAGUUUCAGAGACCAAAUGAUUUUUCUCCUCCUUUUCGGUUCGGGACAGUUCCCAAUGGCAGCACAGAGAGAAAUAUCCGUAACAAUUACCUCGAAAUGCACUCCUACAUGACUAAGUACAAUCAGAAAUCAGUGCUGGACGCACUAGUAAGCUUGAAGUCCGGGAAGUUGGACGCAUUCAUCUACGAUGCGGCAGUGCUGAACUACAUGGCCGGCAGGGACGAGGGCUGCAAGCUGGUCACCAUCGGCAGCGGCAAGGUGUUUGCCACCACUGGCUACGGCAUCGCAAUCCAGAAGAGCAGCGGCUGGAAGCGGGCGGUGGAUCUGGCCAUCCUGCAGCUCUUCGGCGAUGGGGACAUGGAGGAACUGGAGGCCAUGUGGCUGACUGGCAUCUGCCACAACGAGAAGAACGAGGUGAUGAGCAGCCAGCUGGACGUGGACAACAUGGCGGGCGUCUUCUACAUGCUGGGCGCUGCAAUGACCCUCAGCCUCCUCACCUUCAUCUGCGAGCACCUCUUCUUCUGGCAGCUGAGGCACUGCUUCAUGGGCGUCUGCACCGGCAAACCUGGCUUCCUGUUCUCAGUCAGCAGGGGUAUAUACAGCUGCAUCCACGGCGUUCCCAUCGAGGAUAAGCAGUCGUGCAUGGACUCGCCGACGGCCACAGUGAACGACACGCAUUCCAACAUCAUGCGUCUGCUGAGGACAGCCAAGAGCAUGGCCAACCUGACUGGGGUGAACGGCACGCACUUCGGCUCGCCGCAGAGCGCGCUGGACUUCAUCGGGCACGACCCGUCGGUCUUCGACGUGUCCGAGCACCGGAGGAGCUUUGCCCACUCGGACUGCAAGUCCUACCAGCCGGACGACAACCUGUUCAGUGACUACAUCAGCGAGGUGGAGAGGACGUUCGGUAACAUCCACGCCAAGGACACCAACAGCAUCUACCAGGACCACUACCACCACCACCGGCCGCACAGUAUCGCCAGCACCAGCUCCUUGGACAUCCCCUACGACUGCGACAACGCCAUGUUUGGCACGCAAGGCCGGGCCCUGCCGCGGAAGCCCUUUGAGAUCGGCUUGCCCCUGAAACACUCCCAGGGCCACCUGAGCGACAGCUACGACAACCACCAGUACCCGUUCAAGAACGACCGCUACGCCCACGACGACAUGAUCCGCUCCGACGUGUCGGACAUCUCCACCCACACGGUCACCUACGGCAACAUCGGCAACACCAAGCGCCGCAAGCAGUACAAGGACAGCCUGAAGAAGCGGCCGGCCUCGGCCAAGUCCCGCAAGGAGUUCGACGAGAUCGAGCUGGCGUACCGGCGACGCGCCCACACGACAGACCGCAAGGGCCGCUUCUUCAACAAGGACAAGCUGCGCGACCUGUACCACGACCAGUUCCGCUGCGCCAAGGAUGGCCAGGCCCGCUGGCAGCACGUGGACCUGACCGAGCUGUACCAGGGGCACGGCGGCGGGGGGAUGGGGCCGGAAGACGAAUACGGCAAGUUCGAGGUGUCGCGCUUGGCCAGGCCCCACCACCUCCACUUGGCCGAGUUCGGCCCUGACUCUGGGCAGCCCCAGGGCGGCCUGUGGGACAAGUCGGACUGGGCCGGGCAACAGGCUGAAGCCUACUGCCGCAACUGCCCGGCCAAGCUGCACAACUACAGCGGGCAGGGGGCUGCCAGGGGGGCUUGCCACUGGUGCGAGGCCUGCAAGAAGGCAGCCACGCUGUACGACAUCAGCGAGGACAACUCGCUCCAGGAGGCCGAGCUGUCGUCGGGGCCGGGCUCGCACAAGUACCAGAGCCCCGGAGACUCGGCGAAGCUGGCGCGCCGGGGGCGGAACAAGCUGAGGCGCCAGCACUCCUACGACACCUUCGUGGAUCUGCAGAAAGAGGAGAGUGUGGCCAUGGCGCCCCGUAGCGUCAGCCUCAAGGAGAAGGACCGCUUCCCCGAGGGCAGCCCCUACGCCCACAUGUUCGACCCUCCGCCCCCGGAGCCCCCCUUCAGCGGCAAGGCCCCCGUCCCCGAGCACCGCAGCCUGAGCCGCUACCCGCUCAGCAAGUCCCUCUACCCCGACCGGGUCACCCAGAACCCCUUCAUCCCCACCUUCGGAGACGACCAGUGCCUGCUGCACGGCACCAAGUCCCACUUCAAGCACCCGGCGCCCCCCAUGGGACGGGCCCCCUCCUCGGCAUCGGCCGUGCUGGGCACCAGGUUCGCCAAGGACAUGUGCCUGGGCAGCCAAGCCGCCAACGUGUGCAUGGCCAACAACAAGACUGCCAGGGCCUUCAACGGCUCCAGCAACGGACACGUGUACGAGAAGCUCUCCAGCAUCGAGUCGGACGUCUGAGGGGCCCGGGAGCUGCUCGGGACCUCUUCCCCUCUCUCGUCCACGCGCUGGAGAUCCAGAUCAGCUGUCCUUUUCUACUGUUUAGGUUUUUGAUCUUCAUCCAGAGCAUCAACGGUCUUUGUUUUUUGUUUUAUCCGCAGCGUCAUUAUGGCAGUGAAUUGGAAUCCACGAUGAACAUUAAGUCUGGUCCAAUACAAUAUGGCAAAAAUUCUAAAUGCAUGUCAAUUGUAUCGUUACAUCGGGUGAUGCAUCUUUGUGUAGGGAUGACGAUUAUUAAUAGAGUACAUAUGCAUAUCAGUGCCAGUACUGUACAGUUUAAAACCUGUUUUAACCCACUUGCCACUUGAAGACCCUGCCUGGCCUUGAUCUGAAUGCCGGACAGGGCCCUCGAUGACCCUCAGCUGCAGACUUUAUUGCAGGCGUGGAGAUGGGUUGCAGCGAUAUGAUCUCAGAACGUCGGUGUGUGCG